CUUUUGUUUUUUUUCUCUGAUCAAUUUUCAAUCCAAACGGACUCGAUUUUUUUAAUAAUAAUAAUCUAUUUUUCAUGAUAUAUUUGCAUGAAAUAUUACAAUAAUGUUUUUCUGUUACAGGCACUGCGCAACUAAUAAGCAUUUGCGACGAUGGAUUCACAUGUGGAACGGAUGUUCUUAAAAUUGACAAAGCAACCGGUAACAUUUCAAAACUCAUGGAAGAUCGGAGAUAGAGGAUGGGAGAUUCAUCACGUUACGGUGACCAGAGUUCCUGGUUAUGGCUUUGGAAUAGCUGUGUCAGGAGGUCGCGAUAAUCCUCAUUUCACUAAUGGCGAUCCAGCAAUCGCGAUCUCUGACGUACUCAAAGCCGGUCCGGCUGAAGGAAAAUUACAAGUGAACGACCGUAUCAUCUCUGCCAAUGGAAUAUCGUUGGAAGGCGCCGAUUACGGGGCUGCCGUGCGAGUCCUACGGGAUUCCGGUUCUACCGUUUUAUUAGUUGUUAAACGAAGAGCUUCCUCGAAUUCACCUGGUUGUUUAGGCAGUGCGGCACCCCAAAGUCACCGGCUUACACUUACGCGAAACAAUAAAAAAGAUGACUUCGGCAUAGUGCUGGGAUGUCGAUUAUACGUAAAGGAGGUUACGCGAGAGAAUGUCGGAGUGAAAACCGGGGACGUGUUAACCCGAAUAGGCAGCGUCGCCGCCGACAAUAUGAGUUUGAAGGAAGCUAGAAAGCUGAUGGACCAGUGCAAAGACAGACUCUCGAUCGUAAUUACGCGAGAUAGUUCGUGCUGCCACGUGCAGCAGCAAGGUAAAGGGGAUAACGGUGAAUACCUGUCGGGUACAGCGAGUUACAGUAGUCAGAAUUUAUACGUUCCACCACCUACGAGGCAGCCCUUGGAAGACAAGAGUAAUCUCGUGCCGAGGGGUCGCUCGCGGGGUCCGCUAAUGGAUGUGUCUUUGAGUCAGCUAGAUCUACCAGCUACGCCUACUGUUGAUCCACCCAGACCACCUCCACCAAGACCGGAAGAUUAUUAUAGUACACGCAGACAAUUAUACGACGAAGAUUCAGUUUCACCGCGAACGAAGCAGCCUAUGCCAGAUCCUCGAUUUAUUACUUUUCAAAAGGAAGGAUCUGUAGGUGUGCGAUUAAGCGGCGGUAAUGAAACCGGAGUCUUUGUAACUGCAGUUCAAGCGGGAAGUCCUGCGUCGCUACAGGGUCUUCAACCGGGGGAUAAAAUUCUAAAGAUAAAUGAUAUGGAUAUGAAAGAAGUCACGAGAGAAGAAGCUGUACUAUUUCUUCUUAGUUUGCAAGAACAAAUUGAUCUUAUCGUGCAACAUCGACGUCAGGAAUACGACCAAAUUAUUGCUUCUGGCCGAGGCGAUUCUUUCUACAUAAAAACUCAUUUUCACUAUGAGCAACUGCAGAAGGGCGAGAUGAGUUUUCGCAGCGGUGAUGUCUUUCACGUAGUAGAUACUCUUCACAACGGCGUUGUAGGAUCUUGGCAAGUUUUUCGAAUUGGACGAAAUAAUCAGGAGGUACAGAAAGGCAUUAUACCCAAUAAGGCUCGGGCCGAAGAACUUGCAACCGCGCAAUUCAACGCGACGAAGAAAGAAAUGAGUGCCAGCGAAAGCAGAGGCAGUUUCUUCAGGAGAAGAAGAAACAGUCAUAGACGUUCAAAGUCUUUAGGAAGGGAUCAUUGGGAUGAUGUCGUGUUCUCCGAUAGCGUUAGCAAAUUUCCGGCUUAUGAACGUGUUAUUUUAAGACAUCCUGGAUUUGUCAGGCCUGUUGUUCUCUUUGGACCGGUGGCCGAUCUUGCUAGAGAAAAGCUUCUUAAGGACUUCCCUGACAAAUUCACUUCACCACAAAUGGAAAGUCAAAUGGAGGAUAGUACGGGAAAAAAUACUAAAACGUCCGGUAUUAUUCGCCUAAGUGCCAUCAGAGAAGUGAUGGAUAGGGGCAAGCACGCGUUGCUUGACAUUACUCCAAAUGCUGUAGAUCGCUUAAAUUAUGCCCAAUUUUAUCCGAUUGUCAUUUUUCUAAAGGCUGAGACGAAGCAAGUCAUCAAAGAAAUGAGAGCCGGUAUACCAAAAUCAGCGCAUAAAAGUAGUAAAAAGCUCCUGGAGCAAUGUCAGAAGCUUGAUAAAAUCUGGGGGCAUGUAUUCACUGCAGUAAUCACUUUAAACGCACCGGAAGCUUGGUACCGGAAGUUGAGAGAACUCAUCGAUCGCCAACAGCAAGGUUCGCUGUGGAUGAGUCAAACUAAGCCGGAAGAAGCUCUCUCGGAUGACUUCCUAUUCCCGAUGACUUCUCGCCUCUCCUACGCUUCCUCCCCGGAGAGCGAUUUGGAGUUGAGUCCGGCGCCCGUUAUUCCUGGCAUUUUGGGCCAAUCGUCGCGACUAAAGAGCAGUUCUGAUCCGAGCAUUGCCACUCAAGACGAUACUACUGCGCCACCACCGUAUUCGACGAAUUAUCAGCAAUCGUUCGAGCAGCAGAAGAGAAGGUCCCAAGGUGGAAUGGGAGACAGCAAGUAUGGCUUCUCUUUGUCCGGUCAAAGGAGCAAUCAAUCCGGCUCGCCGGAAUAUUUGGGCAGCUCCUUUGAGCCGAGAUCUCCUCAUCAUAGUCCACCGGAUCUUCCGCCUCGGGUCGAUCGAAAUGCGAAACCGAUUAAUCAAACGCCGCGAGGAACGAUAGGGCGAUCCGCUCAGGAACGUCUAGGAGUGAAUAAAACUGACUCGGUUUUAGAUAUGGGAAAUUACAUCAAUGCAACUCCUCACAAAGCAAAUGCCACAUCGUCUCUCGAACGGGCGCAGCCGAAGGCGGGAAGUUACGAUAGCAUGUCUUCAUACGAUUCGUACAACAAUACUAAUGGAAACGCGAAUUAUGGGGCGGCGAAUUUGAGUACAUCGACAGGUCGUUUGGGACCGAAUGUACCUGAUGAUCUCAAAAGUAGCAAUAUACCAGCAAGAGCGCACGAUCCAUAUAGAUUCACUAGAUCUACAGCACAACCCAUUUCUACGCACGAUGCUCAAACGCGAACUGACUAUGCCAAAUACAGUCGAUCUACCGACUACAAAUCGAUACCAAUUUCACAAAAUAAACCGGGAGGUACCUACAAACCAAUUCCGCCUCCAAAACCGAAGAAUUACAGACCACCACAAACAUCGCUUGGACAAACAGAAAAUAACGGGAAUGAGGGUAGUAAUUCGUAUCAACAUUCGAAGAGUUAUUCCAUUGCCACGUCGCAUGUGCAUAAUGGGGUAGAAAGCAACAGCAACGUGCAGCGCAACAGCGGUCAGUAUUACUACAACAUUCCGCCACCCGGCCGUCACAAUGAGAGCAACCUCGUGAAUUCGCAUCACAAUCUAAGUCAUCUCACAUCGCCGACGCACAGUCACAGCCUCAGCCACACGCAUUCGCACUCUAGCCCACCGGUGACUACCACGCAUUCCCAUAGCAACAGUACCGGUCAAAUCAGUCUCGGUCUGACGCAUAACCGGAACAAUACGAAUCACAAUGGCUAUAUGCACGGUAAUAGCCACGCUUCCACAGGUCCACUUUAUCCGUCCGCUAAUCCUGGUCAUAACAGGGAACCCAGCGGUUUGGACCUGGCUGGUAGUCGAGAGCAAAGAGGAAGCGCUUUCGAACUCUACCGAAAGCCGGUUCAUCAUUAUAAUAUGAGUUAACAUGUAUCCCGAUGCAAGACUUAUUAUAUUAGGAUGAAUUAACAAAUCGGAGUGUGCAGAGGAAUGAAAUGUGCAAUGUCAUAAACGUAGAUAAAAGGAAACACGAAGCGUUAGCUAGGAUCGUAAUAAAUACUAUGCCUUCCGAAAUGACAAAGAAUUUAACGUUUGAGUUAUAAAUAUCUAUAGAUAAAACGUCUUUUAAUUUUAGAAAUACUUAGACAUUUAUACGCGGGGAAUGUAUUUUCUAUUAUGAAAACUAUUAGAGAAUUUUUUUCUAUUUUUUAUGACAGAAAAGAUAACAUUAGUGAUUAUCUUUGUCGAUAUGUACGUAAAUAAAAUCUUUACUACAUGUACCAUGUCUGAUGAUACGUAAAUUGCGUAUAUAUUUGAUAAAUAUAAUAUAGAACGCUUUUUAAAGAAACAGAUAAGUUGUAAGUGCAAUGUAACGUAAUAAUACUCAAGUCGAUUUUAUAUCAGUUAAAAUGUGUACAGUUUUAGUUAUAUUUUAGCACUUUUAUUAGGAAUAUGAAUAACGUCAGAGAUGAGAAAGAGAAAAAGCGAUUUGAUAAACUCAUUGCGAAAAA